GCCUCAUGUAAUAGCCAUAUCCUCCUUUCUUCUUCUGUAAUUAUUAUCUCUCGCUGUUGAAUCCCUUUUCAUGAUUAAAUUAAUUCUCUUAAUAACGAAUUCAUCUGUAAUUGCGGUUCGUGUGCGCGGAACCGUCGUAGUCCGGUCUGCCAGCUGUCGGCACUGCCAGGAGUUUGUUAAUGAAUCAGCGUCUCUGGGCAGCCAUUUGUUUUAGUGCUCCUGUAUUUAGCGGAAAAUCUUUCUCGUUCUCAGAUUUGUUUUUCUUUUCUUCUCUCAUCGCCGACCCUUCUGCGAUGCUUCGUCCCGUGGCCUCAACCUUUUUCUCUUCGUGAUAUCUCCAAGUCGUUUGCGGUACCAGUCUUUUCGCUGCUCUGGUCGCCGACCCUUCGCCGUACCAUGUCCGUCGCUACCGCGGUCCUCGCUGCUCUUGAGGAGUACGAGUUCUCCGAAGAGGCGGGCUUCGCUCGCCACGGCGAUACUGAGGUUCCCUGCCUUCACUGUGUCCUUUCCGCUCAUCGCGAUGCUCGACUCCAAUGCGUCGUCGAUGAGUCGGAGUCCUGCUGUAUCCUUUGCAAGCGUGACCGCAAGAAAUGUUCUGCUAUCCCUCCUGAGCUCCUGGGCGUUACUCAGUUCUAUUGGAAUUCCCUGAGCAUUGAGUUCGACGCCGAGAGGUCGCUGUCCAAUCUCGAGAAAUGGAGAAUUAUGCAGUGUGUUGCCCAGGCGGCGUCCGCUCUCCGUUCCCUCGCCGACGCCUUCUUGAACCCGUGUCGUGUCACGCCUGCCAACCCUGUUGGCAUCGCUCCGCUCCUCCAAGUCCAGGAACUUGCAUCUUCUCGAGAGCUUCUUGCGUGUCUUUACCGAGCUCAGGCUGGUCCUAUCGCUGUCCCCGAGGCUGAGAUCGAGGCGAACAUUGCGCGAUGCACCCCCGCCUACGCCCGCGAGUGUAUUGAGGCUCGUGACCUCGAUGAAGUUCUGAAACGCCUACCCGACGCCUACCGUACGCCGCUCCCCGGCGAGAACGAUCGCAAGAAGUCCAAGUGUCCUCCUACCGAACUCCCCGAUGAGUUCAUUGAUGACAUGGACCGACUCGUCGCCGAAGGUAAUCCGCCGGCUCGCAACGCUGUCCGUACUCUUGGCCAGGGUCCGGUUCGCCGGGGCGCUGCCCAGGCUACUCCGCAGAAGCGCCGCCGAUGGCUCGACGAAGAGUCUGAGCGGGAAGAAACUCCUCCUCGACCUCGAUCUCGCGAGCCUAUGCCUCCUCGCCCUCAGUCUCGCGACCCUACGCCUCCCGAGGAUCCUCCUGGGGACAGGCCCAGUGGUCGCCGUCGCGGCUCUCGUGGCAGCGAAGGCUCUCUGAGUGUUCGCCGCAGCAAGCGGGUUCAGCAACUUCGUGGUGGUUAG